UAUAAAAAAAAUAAAAAAUAAAAAAACCUCAGUCCAGGGCGGUGCGUUUUGCUGACUCUUCUUCUCCUUCCCCCAAUCCCUAAUCCCUCUUUCUUCGUUUCAGUUCAAUCUCUCUCUCUCUCUCUCUUCCCAAUUCGCAAGUUUCACUGCACAAUCACACUGCAUAUACCUAUUCAUUUAGCCACGAACUUCACAUUGGGGUGGUUGCAGCAACAAGUUUCUCACACCAGAGAGGGCACACGAUUUGGACUAAGAGUGUGGUAUUUGAGGUAAAAAUGGGAGUUAUUCAGAAGUUUUUCGUUGCAUCACUGUUCAUGUGGGCAAUUCCUAUUGCAAUAUUAUAUGCUUUUAACCAUAAUAUACUUCCUGGAGCAUCCAAUUUGUCCCCUUACUCUAUGACACUAGUGAGUGGAUUUCUUGCUGUCAUAUCUGUCAAUGUGGUGAUAGCAUUUUACAUAUAUUUGGCAUUGAGAGAACCUGCGGCGGAUAAACCCGAGCCUGAUCCUAAAUUUCUUGCUGAGGCCAAAGCUAGCAUCAAUCAGUCUACAGGGGAUGCUCAACAACCUUCCCAGGCUCUCAAGAAAGAACAGUAGAUGUGAUGCAGGACUACAAAAGGGGGAGGACCUUAACUUGGGAGGAAUUGUUACUAGAUCAAGGUUAAAGAAGCUACAAGAGGAUAUUAAUAUGAAGAUGAUUUCACUUGUGGAGAAGGAUGAUGGAUGGGACCUAAAGAUCAUAAAUUUAAACCUACUUCUAGAUUAGGAUUGCUUAAUUUUGUGGACUUUAAGUGUUUUCUUUUAUUAAAGCCUAUUAUGUUAUGUGUUGGGCCUUUUUAGUUAUACGGGGCAUUUUUCAUUAGUGUUAGUAUAAUAGGUUUUUAUGACACGAGUAGGAAUUUUUUGAUUAAUGAAAAUUUAUCUUGUUAAUUGAGAGUGCUUCUCUUUGGUUC